AUGGCUGGUCAUUGGACCCCUCGACAGCGGACGAAUCGCGCCAACACUGUCGGCGCAUUCGUCUUCUUUGUCGUCUUCAUCUACUUCUUCCGCGACAGCAUCCUCCCCUCAAAUACGCCAUCGCGCAAACACAGAAAUGACUAUCCUACGUUGCACCUUGGCGAUAACGAUGUCGAGAUGGUUGUGGCAAGCAUGAAGCAUGAGAACGUCUCGUGGCUUGACGAAUAUCUCCCUGAAUGGAAGAAGAACAUCUACGUCGUCGACGACAACAAGGCCAAGCUGACCGUACCCAUGAACAAGGGUCGCGAGGCCAUGGUCUUUCUGACAUAUAUCAUUGACCGAUACGACUCCCUGCCCGGUAACGUCGUCUUCCACCACGCCGAACGCUUUCAAUGGCAUAACGACAACCCCGAUUACGAUGCCCUCCCUCUCCUCCAGAAUUUCCGCUUCGACAAUCUCAAGAAGGUCGGCUACGCCAACCUGCGGUGUGUCUGGGUACUUGGUUGCCCCGCUGAGAUCAGGCCUAUCAAGGACGAGGCUCCCGCUAAGGAGGGUGAACCUGUGCACGCCCGCCAUGUUUACAAGGCCGCUUUCCAGGAUCUUUUCCCCAGUCUUGAGGUUCCUGAGGAGGUCGGUGUCACAUGUUGCUCUCAGUUCGCCGUUCGUCGUGAGACCAUCCACACACGUCCUCGUGCCGAAUACGUGCGAUUCCGAGAGUGGUUGAUUGUAUCUGCACUGGGAGAUGAUCUUAGUGGCAGAGUCCUCGAAUAUUCAUGGCAUAUCAUUUUUGGCAAAGAUGCGGUCAAUUGUCCAAAUGCUGCCGAUUGUUACUGCCAGAACUAUGGCAUGUGCGACUUGAAAUGCGAGGCAGACAAAUGUGAAGGCCAAUACAUUCUGCCUCCCUUCUCAACUCUCCCCAAGGGUUGGCCCCAGCUUGGCUGGAAGGGAGAGAACCGUGGUUGGAAGGGACAGCCUUAA